AUCGGGGGGCGCCAGGCCGUCUGCGGACCCGCGCGCCUUCCUUCUCUUGCCCCACCCCGCCUACUCGCAGUCCCCCGGGAGCCGCGCCUCGCAGGCGCUUCUGCGCUCGCUUAUUGCAAGCUACGCCUGAUUUCCGCAGAGAUGAACGGCGAACCCAGCAGCAAGGAGCCGGACGAUGGAGACGGGCCUCACGGGACACCGCGUAAAUAUGACCCAACUUUCAAAGGCCCCAUUUAUGACAGGAGCUGCACAGAUGUCAUCUGUUGUAUCUUGCUGCUGGUUGCAAUUGGGGGCUACGUUGCAGUAGGUAUUGUGGCAUGGACACAAGGAGACCCCCGCAAGGUGAUUUAUCCAACAGACAGUCGUGGUCAGUUCUGUGGCCAAAAGGGCACACCCAAUGAGCAGAAGCCUUUCUUGUUCUACUUCAACAUCAUAAAAUGUGCCAGCCCUCUGGUGUUGCUGGAAUUUCAGUGUCCUACUACACAGAUCUGUGUGAGCCAGUGUCCAGAUCGCUAUCUCACCUUCCUACAAGCCUCUACUGUUGACCUCACAGGAACCAAGGAGCUAAAAUAUUAUCAACAGUUUUGUGUCCCAGAGUUUACAGAUCUGACAAAGAGUGCACCUGAAGUGUUGAAAGAUGGUGACUGCCCAGCCAUGCUUACACCAAGCAAGCCCUUGGCUCGUAGAUGCUUACCUGCAAUCAACAGUAAGAAAGGUGUUAUCAUGGUUGGAAACACAACAACUUUUGAUGAUGGAAGAGGAAAGAAAAGGAAUGUGACAGAACUUCUGGAAGGGGCCAAAAAGGCAAAUGUCCUUCUGGAGACAAGACAAGUGGCUAUGAAGAUCUUUGAAGAUUACACCGUUUCCUGGUACUGGAUAAUAAUAGGUCUCGUGAUUUCCAUGGUGGUCAGUCUUGUAUUUAUUGUUCUGCUCCGGUUCCUGGCAGGGAUCAUGAUUUGGGUGAUGAUUGUACUGGUGAUCCUGGUGCUUGGAUACGGAAUCUUUCAUUGUUAUAUGGAAUAUGCUCUUCUGAAACAACAGGCUGGUUCCGAUGUCUCCUUGGUGGAACUUGGAUUCCAGACAGACUUCCGUGUCUAUCUCCACCUGAAGCAAACCUGGUUAGCUUUCAUGAUCAUCCUGUGCAUUAUGGAAGUUAUCAUUAUCCUACUGCUUAUCUUCUUGCGCAAGAGAAUCCUCAUAGCCAUUGCACUGAUCAAGGAAGCUAGCAGGGCUAUCGGACACAUCAUGACAUCACUUCUGUUUCCUCUCUGCACUUUCUUUCUGGUGUGUCUCUGCAUUGCUUACUGGGCCAGUACUGCCGUCUUCUUGUCUACCUCUAAUGAAGCUGUCUAUAAGGUGUUCAAUGAUACAGAAUGCCAAUAUGCUGGAACAACCUGCAACCCAGAGACCUUCAGUGCUUCCAACGUCACCAAGCUGUGCCCAGGAGCACGUUGCCUCUUUGCCUUCUAUGGUGGUGAGACCGCCUACCACAAGUACCUCAUCAUCUUCCAGAUUUUCAAUGUUUUCAUGUUCUUCUGGCUGGCCAACUUUGUCAUUGCCUUGGGCCAAGUCACACUAGCUGGGGCCUUUGCCUCGUACUACUGGGCCUUUAAGAAACCUGAUGAUAUGCCAGCGUUUCCCCUCUUCUCUUCCUUUGGCCGAGCACUCAGGUAUCACACUGGUUCACUGGCCUUUGGGUCUCUGAUUCUUGCCAUUGUCCAGGUCAUUCGAGUCCUUCUGGAGUACUUGGAUCAUAGACUAAAAGCUUCUGAGAACAUGUUUGCCAAGUUCCUUUUGACCUGUCUCAAAUGCUGCUUCUGGUGCCUGGAGAAGUUCAUCAAGUUCUUGAACAGGAAUGCGUAUAUUAUGAUUGCUAUUUACGGCACCAAUUUCUGCACUUCUGCAAGGAAUGCCUUUUUCCUACUCAUGAGGAACAUAAUCAGGGUGGCUGUUCUGGACAAAGUCACUGAUUUCCUGUUUUUCCUUGGAAAACUCCUAAUUGUUGGAAGUGUUGGUAUCCUUGCCUUCUUCUUUUUCACCCAAAGAAUAAAGCUGAUUCAAGACACAGCGCCAACUCUCAAUUAUUACUGGGUCCCCAUUCUGACAGUGAUUGUGGGCUCCUACCUCAUUGCACAUGGAUUUUUCAGUGUGUAUGCCAUGUGUGUGGACACACUUUUCCUCUGCUUCUGCGAAGAUCUGGAAAGGAACGAUGGAACUCCUGAGCGGCCUUAUUACAUGUCCUCUGCCUUGAGUGAAAUCCUCCUGAAGGGAAGCCUAAAACCUUCCAAAAGUGCUGAGAGUCAAGAAUAGGGACGGUGCACCGAAUGGGAAAGGCGCAUGCAGGUGUCCCACUGCAAGCCUUCUGUGUGUAGAUGCUGACCCUUCAUGGCAACACUGGGCAAAUUUUGAUAUUCUGAGAAAUGAUGGGUGCUCUUGAGUCUUGCAUCAAGCAAGGGGCAAUUGGUGGUGUAUAAUCUGUUUCUGUCCAGCAGAUUUUCCAGCACCAAAGGAGAGGACCUGAGAUUGGAGGGUGAAUGUGCUUAAUGUUGAAAAAAAUGCCUCAGUAUGAUUGUACUAUUGCUGUCUUUAUGGUUGCUCUUGGCACAGAUAUCCCAUCAAAUGCACAAAGAACACUGGAACAAUUCAAAACAAAGUAAAAAUAUCAACAGCAGUAUAUUAACAAGUUCCAUUACAAUGGAAACUUUUUCAAAAAUUGGACCUUUCUAGAUUCCAGUUGCCCCCUCCAUAUUCCAUAUACAGCAGUUCAUAAGACAGAUAGCCCAGUCUAGCAGCAUCUUGACAUUUAAGAAAGCAGCUGUUUUGAAAUAAAUGAAAUGCUUUGACAAAGGUUUGCUCACUUAGUAGCACACUUUCCUUUGGUCAGAUAGAUUUUUGAAUUAGUAUACAAAUACAAUUGUAUGCAACUAGAGGCAAAAAGCGGGAUGAGGAUAAACACAAUGAGCACCAUUUCUCUUUCAAAUUAGUUUCAGCUCUUUAGAAAUCUCUUGCUUCAUUUCGAGUGCUUUGUUGCUGGCUCAAACUAGUAACAAGCCCUCCAGGGUAAGAAGUCCUUGGAGGGGCUUCUUCUGCCUUUCUGUUUCCCUGCAUUAUAUGGGGAUGUGGUCAACAAAAGGAAUCAAAGAUUAGCACAACUGUUCUAAAGGGGGAAUGCUGAAACGCAAAUCUGAGGUCAAGCAAGGUUCUCUUCUGCUAUUUGCAUUAUUUCACUUGCAACAUUUGUUUUCCUACCUAUGAAUAGGAAAAUGUAUUAUCUAGAGAAGUGACAGUUCCUGGACAAGGAAGCUAUUAUCCAGUUUCUUUGUAUCCCAUGGAAAGAAAAGACCUCAGAUUUCAUGGACAUGCCUGGAAUCUUUGAGAAUGGCAAGAUUUACCCCCUCAUUUUAAGACAGGGUUUAAAAAAUUCUCCCUAACCAGAUCUUCUCUGGGGAAAAACUCUACAGUCUUUCCUGUUGAAUAGCAGAAGGGGCAAAUUCUCAAAUCAGAAUCCUUUUCAGUCUAAUUAUGUAUGUCUGUCGUAUGCACUUAUUUGCUCAUGGUGAGGUCUAAUCUCUACUACAAGCAGUGGUUAAGUUCCCUUUCAUUUCCACAUGUCAGGAGUUACUCCUAUGUGUAUUUGCAUGCCUGGUCUAUCUCCCUUCUGCUAGUCCUGAAGUGAUCUUUUCACAUCCCUUUGCUUGGGGGGAUUUGUGUCUCUUUGCAGUGGAAGACCUGGAGCGCAAUGAUGGCUCUACUGAGAAGCCUUACUUCAUGUCCUCUAAUCUGAGAAAACUCCUGAAGAAGACCAAUAAACAGAUGGAUGAAUGACUUGACAUCCCUGUUUUUGCAUGAGACAGAAUGAAAUGAGCCCACGAGUUUUGUCAAGAAAGAGCAGCAUGUAUGAGGUUACACCUGCUGUGUCUUACUGUGCCAGAUAACAGUAGCUUGGGCAAAUUGGACACCUCUCUUGUAUAUUUCAAAUUUUGGAGUAUAGAGGUUUUUAUUUGUUUUGCCUUUUGAAAUUAUAAAUUAGCCACAGGUUACAAUAGCUAUAGUUUAAGAAUACAGCAUAAUAGAUCAGACUGAGAUAUUUGCCACCAGUUAAGAAAGCCAUCCUUCUGUUGAUUGGACUUGGACUGUAUAAGUGUUGGGUUGGCAAUUCAUCCUUGCUAAUACAGCCAGGAUAUAGACAGUGCUAUAUCUGUAAGUGAUCCAAUGAAGCUAUGUUUGAUCCAGUUUAGUUAUUAACCAUGUGUUCUAAAAGUUUUUAUUUUUCUUGUAAUGGCAUUUAUUUCAUGUACAUCAUUGACCACUUAAAAAGGUCACCUUAAAGGUAUUGAUGACCCCAGGAAGGGUUUUUAAUAUUAUAUACUGAUGUUUAUGGAAAAAUGUAUUUAUUUUCUACAAUUUACGUAAACUGCCACUCCACAUUCCCAAGACAAUUUAAUAAUGAAACCAAACACAAUAAAUAGUAAAUCCAGGUAAGAAAAAAUUACUCUAGGAAAAGAUUGUUGGAACUGGGGAAGGAAAACUUGGCAAUAGCUUUGUUUUUUUUAUGAAAAUGGUCAGAAUCAUAUGAAAAUACAUGUAAAACAAUAAAAUUAGCAUGAAAUAUGAAACAAAUCAAUACAUGACAAAGGAGCCAUAAUAAUCUAAAAAGUUCAAAAUUAUGUACUAUAUAUCAGCAAUUUACUUUGAAAUUUCUACCAAAAAAGCCAUCUAUUUUUAAACUGCCCAAGUAGAUUUAACUUAAUUUUUGCUUUUUUAUAUUUUAUUUCCUAUAUUGCUGUACCUUUCACAGAAAAUAUAACUGAAAUAUUAAACAUUUUGUUUUGUAAA